CAUACUUGAAGUUAGUCACUUACUGAUGGAUAUACGAGACGGUUUAUAAUAUACGGAUAAAAAUUGAAACGAACUACUACCGUACCAGAUUACACCGAAAGAAAUUAAUAAACUAUUAACAGUUUUGGUGUAUAAAAAUAAUACCAAUGCAAAAAUAGAAUAAAAAAGCGAUUAAGUUUGAAAAUAAUUGUGAAAAAAAUUACAAAAACCAAAAUAUUUCAUAAAAAAGAAAAUCGAAAAAAUAUGAACUUGCAAAACAACGCCGUUACCAAUAAGCCAUGUAACAUCAUCACCAAUAACAACAACAACAACAUAUAAAUCCAUGCCAAGCCAGAACAACUGACAGACAACUUAAAAAACAACAACAAUUUUUUUACGUCACGCAUGACUAAAUCUCCCCAUCAAAUUGUCAAUUGGAUUUUUAUGCUGCUGCUGCAAAAAAAAAAAAAAAAACGCGUUGCCUUUUCUGAAACAUUGACAGCAAAUUGACGAACGUGAAAAUUAAGUAUACAACAGCAACAACAACAAAUUGCAAUUGCAAAAAAGAAGAGGAAAAAGCAAAACAAAAUAAAGAAAAACUCGAUAAAAAUCAAAGCUAAUAACACACCUGGUCGAUGGACUUGAAACAAGGCACAGAUGCGCAUGCGUGGCUAUUGUGACAUGGAAAGAAGUGGAAGGUAGUGCGUAAAGGCUUGAAAAAAAUUGCAAACUAAAAAAAAACUUUGUUCAAAACCGUGAAAAAUCAAUAACAUUCCAAAGAAGAAAAAAUUGCAAAAAAAAAAAAUUGAAAUCCAAAGAAGCAAAAAAAAAAAAAUUUUUUUUGCAACGACCUUGUUUUAGAAAAAAAGAAAGAAAAUAAAAGAAAAUUAUUCAAACAAAUACAAGAAAAAUAAUUAUUACAUGAAUUUUGUUGUGUAUAAAUGCAGUGCAAUGUUGCGGCAAUUAAUAAUAACCAAAAAAACAUGUGUUUUGAAAACAUAAGAAACAUACACACACACACAUCUAAACACACAUGUAUGUUUAAAUAACAUCAUCCAUCCGAAAGGUGUAAUUAAAACUAAUGUUCAAACAAAUUCAACGUCUCUUAAAUCAUCAAAGCAAAACCGUGCAAAAAACUUCGAAAAAUAAAUAAAUAAAUUUUUUUUGAAACAUAUUUCAAAACUUACACAAAACAUUUCCACAAAGCUGUUAUUAUAUAAGGAUUUAAAACCAACAACAACAGUAACAACGAAAACAAACCAUUUGGAUUACUUUCAUUUGAAAAGGGGGAAACAACAUUUAACAAAAUAUUUCAAAUAAAGUGGAAAUAUUUUCCAACAUUUAUCUUCAACUUCAAAAUCUACAAAAUCGAACAAGAUGCUCAAACACGUACAAAUCUCACCCCUACGCAAUCGUUCCGAUUCGGUGUCAUUGCGUUCGAGCACAUCAUGUGCCUCCUCGAUGUGCGGCAGCCCGGAACCGCCCACCGAUUUACAACGCACCCCAUCACGUGCCUCCAGCUAUUCCAGCCUAAAUGAACAAUUACCUCAGACCACCAUUAAAGUAUUCACCAGCUGUUUGAAAAUCGAUAUUGAAUACAAAACCCUGGGCAUACAAUGGGAUACGACCAGCAAGGAAGUCAUAGCGCAAUUAUUAAGGCGCCUCAAAAUGCGUCACCGUGAUCCCCGUCUCUUCUAUCUGUCCAUGGAAGUUUCGGUGCGAAGGGCUGGCGUUAAAACAGUUAUGGUCCUCGAUGAUGAUACCCGUCCUGCAAUCCUUCAAGCCUGUCAUCCCAAAGGUGAAUCACGUUUCUGUCUACAAUUGAAACCUGGUGGUUUGAUACGUGUCCAUACCUCGGCCCUACUACCCUCAUCGCAAUACAAAUCUUUGGUGAUCUCGGAAGAGACCACUUCAGAUGAGUUACUACAAUUGUUACUGUCCUGCUAUAAUUCCAUGGAACCGGUGGAACAGUUUUCAAUCUAUGAGGUUUGUCCCGGCCAGGAGUACCAGCGUAAGCUGCAUCCCGAUGACAUACCCCUGCGAGCCCAAAACGAACGCUGCAAACGUGGCGAGACUUGCCACUUCUUGGUGCGCCGCAAUCCCAACUAUGCCAGACGUCGUCAGAUCCUCAAUGCCUUGGAUGAGGUGGAGAAGGCCUAUAAGGUGGCAGAAAAUUCGACAAAUUCCCCCGCCGACUGUAGCAUGAAUUCUUUGGAUGAUAGUGCCAGCCUUUUAGACAUAUCCAUUGAAACCCUGUCCGAUGAUCUGCAAUCGCUGAUGACCACCAGUGAUGAGGAUGAUGAAUGUGCCUCCUCAAUAUCGGGUUCAUCAUCGGAUACAUCUUCCUCGGCUGCCUCCUGCUCCUCCUCCGCCUCGUCCUCUUCCUCCACGGAUGGUUCAUGCAGCAUAAGACGUACCCCCUCCACCCUGACCGUUAUUGCCAAAAACAGCGCCACGGAAGUGUGUGGCCAUUGUCAAAAUUCUUAUAAAAAUUGUGAUUUUUGUCAUAAGACCAGCCUAGCCCGCAGUCCCUCAAGUGCCUCCAAAAGUCCCAACACCCCCAUCAGCUAUAGUCCCGUCUAUAAUAUUCGAGAAAUACGCACCUCAUCCCAUUCAUUUUCCUCGCUGGGAAGUGAUAAGAAACUGCUGGAUAUUGAAUUGAAUGGACGUUUCGAUCCCUCCACCUGUCGCAUGCGACCGCAGAGUGUGUAUAUGGGUAGGACGACGGUACCAAGGGUCAUUCUCGAUGCCACCAGCGCCACGGAGACCACAUCGGCAUCGGUUAUCAUUCAGGAUGUGAAUGGAAAUCAUGCGGCGACGACGGCGGCAGGGCAAAUGAAAUCGAAAACUAACAGCACCACCACCACAAUGGGGGGAGAGGAAGUCAACAACAAUCCCUCCAAGGGUUUGGGUCAUUUUGUCUAUAUAUAAGUGAGGGGGGCGAAGUUAGAGGGUUCUAUUUCCCUAUUUUCUUUUCCAAAAACCAGUAUUUUUUCGUUAGGAAAACUUCGUUAUUGAAAGUAGGUGGUAGAGAAUGGUAAGGGAAGUCCAAAGGAGAUUGUUCUGGAAAUUCAUGGAAGAAUCUUUCCUUUAAAGAGGAGGGAAUUCCAGAUCCUUUUUAUAAUCAGAUCUCAUAUUAAGUUCUAGAAAUUUUCAAAAUGGGGC